CAGCUUCUGAAGGGUUAACAUCCGUAAUUGGAUCAAUGGAUAUCUAUGCUCAGCUACAGCAUAAUUACGUCUCGGAAGACCUCCCCAGAAUCGACCGGAGAGUUGUCCAUCCACUUGCCUGCUGAGAUCGCUUCCAUACCUCGGCGACACGUGUCUGAUUUUUUGAUCUACUCGAGCAUUGUUGCACUUUUCGACCAAUAUUUUAAGUCGAACAAGUUGUAGUUGCAACGCGUUAGCCUGAAGCAGGAUUCUGCUUUCGAUGUGGCAACGGGGUGUCCUGUGGGUUGCAUCUUAACCCCCUCCCCUAUUGUGAGGAGUUUUUCUGUUUAUAGAGUCGGUCAGUGCUUUACAGGGGCUUUGUUUUUACACGGGAACAUGCAAACAGAUGCUUUUGUUUAUAGUUUUUCGGAGGAUGUUCGAAUUUAAGUAGGAUUUACGCACACGGACGGCGGACUCUAGUGUUCCAAGCGGAGCGUGUUGGCGCAACAGGAUCUGUAUGAUUCCUGGACUGAUUGAAAGGAAACUUUUUUUUAUUGCAUUUUGGUGAAUCCUGUGGAACAGACAAUCUUCGACUACUUAAUCGUUUGUUAAUAUGAGGAUGUAGUCCAUUUAUAAUGGCUAUGUAGAAUUCUGAGUUUGACAUAAACCGCCACCAUUCCUUGCUGCAAAGGUGAUUCCGAAAUGUCUACCUCAAAUGGAGACUUGCAAGACAUUGGGAGCUGUGAAAGCUUCUGGGAGCCUGGGAACUAUAAGAGGACGGUGAAGCGAAUAGAUGACGGCCACAAGCUGUGCAAUGAGCUGAUCAACUGCUUCCAGGAGAGGGCCAAGAUCGAGAAGGCCUACUCUCAGCAGCUAAGUGAAUGGGCCAAGAAGUGGCGUUUUGCCAUAGAGAAAGGUCCCCAGUAUGGCACGCUGGAGAAAGCCUGGCAUGCCUUCAUGAACGCCGCGGACCGCCUGAGCGACAUCCACAUGGAGCUCCGGGAGCACCUCAUGACGGAGGACAGCGAGAAGAUCCGCAGCUGGCAGAAGGACUCCUUCCACAAGCAGAUGAUGGGUGGCCUCAGGGAGACCAAGGACGCAGACGAGGGCUUCCGGAAGGCCCAGAAGCCGUGGGUUCGCAAGCUGAAGGACGUGGAGAAUACCAAGAGGAGUUAUCAUCAAUCACGCAAGGAGGAGAAGACUGCCGCCACAAGAGAAGCACACGCCAGAGCAGACACCACGAAAUCCCAGGAGGAAGUCCGCAAGUUUUCAGAUCGUGUGCAGAAGUGUACCCAGGAAGCUGAGAAGAACAAGGACCUUUAUGAGAAGGCCCUAGAUGAGUUGAACCGCACCAAUCCACGCUACAUGGAGGACAUGGAGCAGGUGUUUGAGACUACGCAGGAGGCGGAGAAGAAGAGGCUGUGCUUCUUUAAAGAGGUCAUGUUGGACAUCCACCGACAUCUGGAUCUUUCUAACCAUCACAGGUUCAAGGUGUUGUACUCGGAUCUGUAUGAGAGCAUCUCGGCGGCCAGUGAUGCUGAAGACCUGCGCUGGUGGAGGAACACGCAUGGUCCCGGCAUGAGCAUGAACUGGCCUCACUUUGAGGAGUGGUCUCCCGAAGCUACGCAUUCCAUCGGCAGGAAGGACAGGAACAGCCGGGAGAAUGUGGAGGUCACGCUCACCAACAUCGUCUCCGCUGGGGACGAGUCGCCACAAGAGACUAGAGCUGCAAAGGACUAUUCCUCUGAAUGGUCGGACACAGACAGCCCCAAGAAGUACAUCCCAACAAAUGGGGUGGAUGAGGAUGAUGGAGUGGAGGCUGUGCGCGUCAGAGCGCUCUACGAUUACACAGGACAGGAGGCAGACGAGCUCAGCUUCAAAGCAGGUGAGGAGCUGUUGAAACUGGGAGAGGAGGAUGAGCAGGGCUGGUGUAAAGGGCAGCUGGAGAAUGGUGAGGUGGGGCUCUACCCUGCCAACUACGUUCAGACGGUCACAUCCUGACAUGACUAAUCAACACGCUCCACCAAGCUGCUUCAGUAGGUGAUGGUCAUUGAGCACAGUUACAUGCAUGUAGUAUUCUGCUUUCGAACAGAAUAUUGCAAGUAUUCGGUUUCAAACAGGUUCUUAUUCAAAAGCCACAUUCAGGGUGAAUAAAGAGUUAACUCGUGCGCAAACCGAAUACCGCCACCAUUCUGUUUUAAAAGUCGGAAUAUUCCUCGCAUGUAACUGCUCAGUAGAACUGACUGUGGAUCAGUGGAACUGGUUCCAGGUCAGUGCAAAGAUGAUGCUUGGUCCAUGAUUUUCACUCAUCUCAUGAUUUUAGUUUUUCUUUUUCUUUUUUAGACUUGCACAUGCCAAUUAUUGCCAAUUUUCAUUUAGCAGAAUGCAGCGCAUGUGCAGUUGCAUUGGUCUUGUUUUUCAUCUUUAUUUUUAAAAAAGCUUGUUAAAUUUAUGCUGCGAUUGAUUGAUGCUUUAGCUAGGGGUUCUAAUCCUCUGUGAUUUGCAAAUGCUGUGCCUUUUAACUAAGGUCAAUGGAUUAUUAAUACAGGCACUCAAGACAUUUUCAUCGCAACGGCAGUACAAAAAACUGCAAGAAAGCAGGAACUUUCUCCAGACUCAGCUUUGAUAGUGAUAUAUCAAAAAUAUAGGUCAUGCACAGACAAGUAGAAUCUCCUCUACGUUUAAGAUGCACAUUUGGUGUAGAUCUUAAUAGGGUUUCUGUACUGGUGCCUACAGAUAAAACUUCAGAUGAUAUCUCUACCUUACUGUUUUCAACAGAUUUAGUUGUGUAAAUCCGGCUGUUCUCAUAAUCAGUUUAUAUGGCUACACAGUAAAUAGUGUACAAGUUGCUUUCAUCACAUUUCGACCUGCUGUUUUUGAACACAUUUUCUUUGAUCUUUGUAUGCAUUGUUUUUUCACAAUAUGCAUGAAUAUGAGGUAAUCGUUUGUGGUGUAAGGGCUAAUAAUUUCAAAUGAGUUUCUCCAUUAAAGACAUUGUCUGCUCCAUUAGUGUAAUUACAGGUUUGAUUUGGUAUAUAUAUAAGGUUACAGGUUUGAUUGGUAUAUAUAAAUAAAACGAUUGUGUUGA